AUGUUUACUGCAAAGACUCUCCCAAAGAUCAGCUAUGCUUAUGAUGCUCUUGAGCCCCAUAUCGAUGAGGCAACCAUGACUCUGCAUCAUACCAAACAUCAUCAGGCUUAUACCGACAAUCUUAACAAGGCUCUUGAUGCAGGAAAGACUGAACCACUCCCCUGGCCAUCUCCAAAGGUCCGUCAGACUGUGCGUAACAAUGGCGGUGGUUACGUGAACCAUGGCAUCUACUUUUCGAAUAUGGGACCAGAGAAGCUUGCUCUGAAUGCCGACGCCGAGUUUGGCAAACAGCUUGUCAAGUCGUUUGGAUCCAUCGAGACAUUCAAGCAGCAGUUUACAGCAGCAGCUCUUGGUGUAUUCGGAUCUGGUUGGGUGUUUCUUACUUGGACUCCUUCGAGUUCUACCAUGUCAAUCGUGACCACUGCCAAUCAAGAUCAUCCCGAGUUUGCACCUCAGUUUGCAGGUACUGGUGCCAUGACUUUACUUGCUCUUGAUGUCUGGGAACAUGCCUACUAUGUCAAAUACCGCAAUGUUCGUGCCAACUACGUUGCUGCCUGGUGGAAUGUCAUCAACUGGACCGAUGUUUGUACUCGUUUCCAAGGUGGUGCUGCCAAACUGUAA